GACGAUUACUGGUCAGUUGUAUGUCGACGGUUUCUUACUGGUUCUCGCACUUGGCUUCGGUAUGCUGGCGGACCCUCCCUGGGCCUGGUCAUGGUCAUGACCCGCUCUUGCUCAUAUUUAUACUUCCUUCUCCGCACUGACUUAAUCCUUUACCACUUUUCCGCUUUCUCCAGCCUUCCCCAGUCUUCCCCGGCCUUUUAAGGUCGACUUACCUCCUGCAUCCCUCCUAUCUCUUGUUCUUACCUUCGACUGACACUCCUCUCAUUCGACUUGGUCCACAAUGAUGUUCGCUAGGGCCGCUCGGCCACUAUGUCGCAUUAGCGUGACGUUCACCGCGAAGCGAUAUUUCACUGUCGUCUCCGACGCCCCUAUACCCAAGAUAUCGAAGGUUUGGCAAUCUGUGGAUGAGGCGGUCAAGGACGUGAAGUCUGGUGAUACGAUUCUGUCUGGAGGCUUUGGACUUUGUGGUAUCCCCGAGACCUUGAUUAAGGCUUUGAGCAGACGACCAGAGGUCAAGGCCCUCACUGCUGUUUCGAAUAAUGCCGGUGCACUCGAACAUGGUCUCGUCCGCUUGAUCAAGACAAAACAACUUGACAAGAUCAUGAUCUCAUAUCUUGGAGGAAACAAAUUCAUCGAGGCUGCCUACCUCAAGGGUGACAUCGGCGUUGAACUUGUUCCACAAGGUACCCUUGUCGCUCGGUUGAAUGCCCACGCUGCAGGAUACCCUGCUAUCUAUACCCCUACCGGUGCUGGCACAAAAGUAGAGACUGGUGGCAUUCCCAUUCAGUACAACCCUGGAGGUACGGCACACGGCGUUAAGAUCCCUGGUAACAAGAAGGACGCGCGAGUUUUCGACGGACGUCGGUAUAUCCUGGAACCUGCUGUUGCAGGCGAUGUGGCUCUUGUGCAUGCUUGGAAAGCUGAUGAAGCUGGAAACUUGAUCUUCCGUUACACGGCAAACAACUAUAACGCGGUCAUGGCUAGGAAUGCGAAACUUACUAUCGUCGAGGCUGAACACAUUGUUCCCGUCGGAAGUCUCGAGCCCAACAACAUUCAUGUACCCGGUAUCUUCGUCGAUAGGAUUGUCCAAGCUACGGAACCCAAGUCUAUCGAAGUCGUCGCACUCGCCAAAAACAAGGAUGACCAGAAGACGAAAGGUGCUGCAGCCGGUACCGAACACUCUCAUGAUCACUUCGCAGAAGCCAAGCAGGACUGGAGACAUCGUAUUGCUUGCCGUGCUGCGAAGGAGAUCAAGGAUGGUUAUUACGUGAACCUCGGUGUUGGUAUUCCCACUCUUGUUCCUGAGCACUUGGAGCCUGGCGUGCAAGUCUGGAUGGAAAGCGAGAACGGUAUCCUCGGCAUGGGUCCUUACCCUACGGAGGAUCAAGUUGACGCUGAUAUCAUUAACGCUGGAAAGGAGACUACCACAUUGGUUCCCGGUGCUUCGACCUUCGACUCCAUUGAAUCGUUCAACAUGAUCCGUGGUGGACAUCUCAAUGUUACUGUGCUUGGUGCCAUGCAAGUUUCACAAGCUGGUGACAUUGCCAAUUUCAUGAUUCCGGGCAAGUUGGUCAAGGGUAUUGGCGGUGCUAUGGACUUGGUAUCAUGCCCUGAUAAGACCAAGGUCAUUGUCACCAUGCAGCAUUGUUCGAAGGAUGGCGCGCCAAAGAUCGUGCAGGAAUGCUCACUUCCUCUCACUGGUCCUCGUGCUGUCAGCCUGAUCGUUACCGACCUUGCGGUAUUCAACGUCGACCGAGAUGCUGGAGAGCUCCAUUUGGUGGAUAUGGCAGAGGGCGUGACGUUGGAGGAGUUGCGAGCCAAGACUGCCUGUGACUUCCAUGUCCCCGACAAAAUUGGACGAUUCAAGUAGUCUAACGGGAUUUACUUCGAUUGACUAGCAUGUAUUUUUGUACGGUAAACUAUGUAUUGUAGUAUUCACACUAGUGUUCCGUGGAAUGGGAUACGUAUUUCUUCAUUUGCU